CACAGACUCAAAUUAAGUGGUACGUUCGUAGUACUACUAUAUACCGAGUAUUUAUUUAUUCAGAUCAGGUAGCUAUUUGAUCGACCAAUUCCUAUGCCGGCCUCUUUGUUUAUUAACCAUUUUCUCAUUUCCUUCAUCCUCCUCACCAUCCUUGACAAUAGUCAUGCUUUCAGGAGUAGCUUUUUCUUCAACAAUCAUGUGGUGUGGUCAAGUAACGUUAAAAACUCGCCGCCACCGCCUGGCCUCCCCGGCGCAACUGGAGUAAUGAAUGGGCAUGCCACCUUUGGUCAUCAAGAAGAGGUCCUCGCCGCAGCAGUCGGAGAAGACCACCAUGAUGAGAUGGAAGACGUCGUCCGAGCAAGCAAUUGGUAUUAUCAGCGGAAGCAGCUGCUGGAGAAGAAAUUGCCAGCAAGCAUUACCGGGGAUCGCAAACACAACUCAUCCCCGCCCUCACCCAUCGCAGCACCUAACAGGCACGAUCCGAUCAAGCCGCCCAGCGGCUCCCAUAAGAUGAUUGAAGAUGAGGGCAAAACUCUUCAGGUGGAGGAGCUGGCUACCAAUCCAUAGAGUUUUACGUACGAGAAGCGUAACUCACCUGAUAGGAAAAGAGUGUCACACGAGAGAAAUCCAUAUUCAACUAGCUCCAAAAAAUGACUUGGAUCGAGCUCACUCUCUUUCCAUCAAAGCGUAAUUAAAGGCUUAAAACUUCAUUUACAUUGUUUUAAAUAAUUUUCUAGUCGGUCAGUGGGGGAUGGUAUUUGUUAAGACUAUUCAUGUGAACACCCAAAA